AUUUCAAAACUUGACUGUUUUAUUUUAAAACGUUUUCAUAUUAUUAUGGAAAACUUAUUAACGCCAAUUUUUUUACAAUUGUUCUGCGAGAAGAACUCAGACGGAACAAAAUCUUUGAGAUUAAAAGGCAGGGAAUUAGACCAAAGAAAGGGAGUACGUUUGGAUUGUUCGGAUAUGAUGCCAAUUUGCGACUUUUUAAAUGAUAAUCCAGAUGUAGUCGAUUUAGAUAUAUGUUACAACAACAUUGGUGAUAAAGGAAUGUACCUUUUCAAAACGAUGUAUCUUAAAAAUGAGAACAACAUGAGACAUUUAAAUAUGGCUUCGUGUAGUUUAACAUGGAAAUCGAUCGAACAACUUUAUAUGGUAGUGGAUACUUUAAAAUUAAAAACUUUAAAAUUAACAGGAAAUAAAUUAGGAAAGGAAGGCGGGCGUUUCAUUGGAAUGUUAUUGCAAAAAAAUAAUACUAUAACUCAUCUUGAUUUAGGCGAUACAGAUCAAACCAUGGCUAGCGUCCCUUUUCUUAUGACAAUUUUAAGAUCAGAUUAUUCAACGAAUACAAGUAUAAGAAUUUUUGAUAUGUCUAGAAUAAUUCCAAGUAGUUUAUAUUAUACCUAUGAUAGCGGAGAUUUAGCGGAACAUCUUGGAAAUAUGUUAAAAAUGAAUACAACAUUAUACGAACUUCAUAUGCAAAAAUGUGGAUUUGAUGGUCAUGACAUUGAAAGAAUGCUUUAUGGAAUGAAAUUUAAUACAACUCUUAUAAUGUUGGAUUUAGGUAACAAUCAAUUUGGUGAUCAUGGAGUAGAAUUAAUCGCGAGAUGGUUACGAACGAGACCACCACUUUUAGGGUUAAAUGUUUGUGGAAACAGCAUAAAAGGAACUGGAUGUAAAGCAUUAUCUAAACAUCUUCCAUUUUCGAAAAUACGCCUUUUGGAUAUUUCAAGAAAUUGCAUCGAUGAUAUUUCUAUAAGAGAUUUAUUGUAUACAAUUAAGAAACCGUAUCAAAUGAGAAUGCUUUAUAUGUGGGGAAAUAAUAUUGGAAAACAAGCGUUAUGUGAACUGGAUAGAUUAAUAAAGGUAGGCGCAUUUGAUCCUGAACGACUUGACGUGAGAAUUUACGAAGUUGAUGGACUCUUAUAUCACGCUUACGUCCCUGAAGAUCAUUAUAAGCAUCGCUAUUACGGGGUUAUGGAUCAUGGGUGUGCGGUUGAACUUAAAAUUAAACGGAACAUCAUCGAAGAUGAAUACACUUAUCCGAGAAAUUUGACUAACUUUAAAUAUUAUAACAAAAUUCCCGCCGCACCAGGUAGUCCAAGAAAACCGGUUUGCUAA